AUGGGGACAGAGAUCAAGCCAAGUCUCCCCACCACACAGUCGCUAGUGAACAGUCUAUUACCGUUUCUGGACCCACAGCUCGCCGCCUGUGUACUUCUUUGGGCCAAAAUCAACAAUGUGGGUAUUAACACUUAUCUCUCUCCCCUCAAGUGUGAGUCGGCGGACUUAGCGUUGCGCGAAUUAUUGGGCGCGUAUCCGGUGGGUUGGGCGACGGAGUUGUUGGAUGGUGGCACGUGUUCCGGAGACGCGUGGGUUGCGCCCAAGUUUGAGGGGGAGGAAGGCGCGUGGAAUGCAUUGCAGGUGGCGUGCCUCGGUGCAGGAUUAUGUUCUGUUCCUGGUGCCGAGGGGUUGGCGGCAGCGAUGAGUGAGGUCGUGGAGCCGGUUCGUGUUGCAGGUCGUGUAUUGGAGUUGGCUGAGUUGUUGGAUGGGCGGUUUGCGUCCGUGUGUCGCGGUGGUUCGAAUCGCGGCGAUGCCCGAGUGGCGGCCGAGUGUGAACUUGUGAACCAGACAGUAUGGCUAGUUCACCGCGCGCUGUGGCUGCUGAUGAAGCUGGGUCUACCUCAUGCCAACAACCACUCACUCCCCAAUGCUUCCGCCCCCAAUGCUUCCGCCCCCAAUGCUUCCGCCACGACUGCUUCCGCCCCGACUGCUUCCGCCACGACUGAAGAUUGGAGUGAAGUCGUCGAUUGGUUGUUCAGUGAACGUGUUGUGCAGUCAAUCAACCUUAUAGCGCCGCAGCUAAUACGCUACUAUGUGGUGCUGGUAUUGCCUAGUCGCAAAAGGACUGAACAGGCACGCAUUAUUGGUGGUACUUUUGUCAACUUCCGACAUAAAUUGGACGACCCUUUCCAAAGCUUUUGUAAAGCUACUUAUCACGAAAUAAGCAUGGCACGUGCACAAGACGAGUUGGCCCUUCUACCGGCACAGUGUGCAGCCGACUACUGGCUUUGUGACAUAACCAGUCAAAUAACGCAACAUGCACGAGCACUCGUAUUCGACUUCUUCGUCAAAACACAUCGCAGUCUCAACCUUGACAAACUCCUCGCCAUGCACGGACCAGAUACUGGCGAUGAUGACCAAUGGAUCGCCGCCAUGAUCAAGGACGCCAAACUCGACGCCAAGAUAGACGACGCUCGACACGCUGUUGAAAUGCCAUCCACCGUUGCCAGUGCGUAUACUAACAUCUCUGAAAAAACACUCAACCUCUUCAACCGCACUCAGACAAUGAUCCUCAACAGCAAACCCAACUAG